AUGGCUCACAGCUUCGGAAUUCACUUCGAAAAGCACCCUAUGGUAGCCCCUAUCUGGGACCGUUUAGAGGGCAUCGAACAACAGCUAGACCGGCUCGACCUCGCAGUGAACACUAUACUGAAGCAUUUGAACAUUUCUAUACCUGGUGAGGCCGAGCCAAAAAGUGGAGGGCCAGACCUCGUUUCCUCGACUUCUCAGCCUGAAGGUGCUCCAUUAUCGCCCGUCUCCGAGGAACCAUAUACAUACAAACCGCUCAGCUUCGAAAAAGCCGAGAUUCGUUUGCUCGCUCUGCACAAUGCAGACGAUGACUCGGAAGAGAUCAGAGGCUCCCUGGUCCACGUGAGUCUGGAGGAGAGUCAAGCUGCGCGACUGAAGCAGUACACUGCAAUGUCAUACUGCUGGGGCGAACCCAAGAUGGAUGGGCGGGUUGUCGUCGACGGUCACGUCUUUCCGGUCACACCGAAUUUGGAGAGUGCAUUGCGCCAGAUGAGGAAGAGAGCUACAAAGGAAGCGGCGACAGCCAGGAUACCAUCUCCAAAGACAUUCUGGUGGAUUGACCAAAUCUGCAUCAAUCAAGAGGAUAUUGAAGAAAGAGGCAAUCAAGUCUCCUUGAUGCGCCGCAUCUAUAGAGGUGCCCAGUCAGUUCAUGUCUGGCUAGGCGAUUCCAUCGAGGGGUCUGCACUCGCCAUGGAUGUUGUGGGCAAGAUUGGUCGGCCACCCACCCGGGGUCCUGGGGAGAAGGAAGUCAAAUACCCAGAGCUUUCUGAAGAGGAGGUGCGCAAAACCUGGCACGCUCUCCGUCUGUUGCUAGGUCAACCUUGGUGGGAACGAAGCUGGAUCCGUCAAGAGGUUUCUUUGGGAUCUCGCACACAGGUCAGUUGGGGUGACCACAGUAUCAGUUUCGAUGUGAUAUCGCAAGCUGUCAUGGCUAUCGAGUACAUUGAUAGCCUUGGCCACCAAAUACCCAGUUCGUGUUCUGAUACCGAAGACCAGCGGACGGCAGACAGCAUGGUCGGGUUCAGUUUCUACCACCAAGCACGGAGCCUUCGUGCCUUGAGGAAAGCCUCUCACGCAGGCCGCUCGUUUUUACCUCUCCAUGAGCUACUCCUUCACUCCCGUCACUGCAAUUCCACAGACCUCAGAGACAAGGUCUACUCGAUGUUAGGACUGGCAGACCCCGAAAUCUACCUGCUCCGAGCAGAUUAUCGACUCUCCCUUCCGGAAGUGUUGAAAUCGGCAGCCCGGGCGAUCUUGCCUCAGAAAAAAGGUCUACGCCUCUUAGGUACAUGUCAAAACCACGAACGCCGCCACGACCUGCCAUCAUGGGUGCCCAACCUGAUCGACGACUGGAAGUAUCGGCCCUUCGAAGCUGACGAUGCGAGACACUUUAUCUCCACCGCAGAACCCAGCAUUGAGUUCGACCAGGACGCGCUGCUUGUAAAGGGAUUUGUCUUCGACUCUGUGACCACAGUCUACGACACCGUGGUUCCACGCGGCGCAAGCACGGGAGAAAUCGACGAGGUGUACCGGGCAUGGCAGCAGUUCGCCGAGGAGGCUCAAGAAGCUGGACAUAUCGACGUCGACGGGCGCCAACACGGGGCAAAGUACGGGCUCCACGAGAAAAAGGAGAUCUUCUGGGUCAACUUCCUGUCAACCGACCGUAUGGCCAGCAGGUAUCUUCGCUACUCACAGGACGAUAACACUACCCUUCUCUCCGAACGCGAAGACGGGCUGAAAAUGCAAUACAUCGGCCUGAAUUUGAAAUUGACGCAAAGCUACCUGCUUCCUUCAUCGUCUGAGCCGAGUUUGCAUCCGCUGCGACCUAUUAGAGCCGCGUUGAAAAAGUACGGCGUUGGCCGACGACUGGGAAUCUGCGCGGGACAGAAGACGCCAGUGCUCCUGCCCGGAGAUGCCCUGCCAGGUGAUGCCAUCGCUGUCUUCAGGGGGGCCACCUUCCCAUAUGCCCUGCGAAAGCUCCCGGGGGACGAAGGAGCGCCUGAGCAGUAUGUGCUGGUUGGUGAGGCGUUUCUGCCAGAGACGGCAUCUAACAAGGCGAUAGCGUAUGCUCCCACGACAAUGGAUGCCCUACGCAUUGUCUGAGUGUUGAGUGGAAGACACAUUGACAUCUUUCUUGCCGUCGGCCACGCUUUCGGGCAGAGACGGUAAUCGUUUGC